AGCAGGGGUGCCAGGUGCAGGGUGGGAGAUGGGAAAGAGGGGUGAGGCCAGAGGAGUCAGCGGCCUGGUCUCAUCUCUGCCCCCACAGGUACCUGGCUGAGCGGGGCCUGGCCGAAGGACACGGCCCCCCGCGGUUCCCCUCCCCCUAUGGCCCAGCAGAGCGGGACGGGAUCUACCAGACCUUCAGCCUGGAUGGCUGGGCAGGGCGCAGCGGACACGACGCCCCCAUGAUCGCCUACGACGCGCUGCUGGGCGCUGGCGACCGCUGGGACGAGCUCUGCAGUCGGGCCAUGUUCCACGGGGGAGACAGCGACUCGACGGGUGUCAUUGCGGGGUGCUGCUGGGGGCUGGCGCAUGGGCUGGCCGGGGUCCCCGAGGGGAAUCACCGACACCUGGAGUACCGGCACCGCAUGGAGGCAGCCGCUGACCGGAUCCACGCCCUGGCCUGGGGGGAAAGCGUCCCAUGAGCGGGGGGACUCCCCCCAAGCACCCCAUUCCCCCGGCACUGCCUGGACACCCCACCACAGGCCAGGGCUGGAUUUGGGGGGUCCCCCAUUCCCCAGACACAUGGGGAAGGGCAGCAAAUUCCCAGCCU